UCCUCAUCAGCCGGUCUUCGUCAAAAACGCCCCCAUCCAUCGUUCUCUGCCCACCCCCCAUGCAUCCUUCAAUUUCUAAAUUCGCAGAAGAAGAAUAAAAAUCCCGUCUUUACAUGGAAGCAGGCCCCGCCGCCGCCGCUAGCCCAUCGAAUCGCCGGCCGAGGCUUCGCUACUUCCGCUGCGCCUCCUUCCGGAACUGCUGUCGAUGCUUCUGUUGUUGCUACACCUACCCAUAAAGCGUCUCGCCGCCGUUUCGUCUUCCCCCCAAUUUUCUCUCCCCGAUCGUCGUCGUCGUCGAAGACCGGCGGAAUUCCUCGCGAUUCCUUUGGGGGGGUGUGUUGAUUUUCGUUUCGGAUGGAUAUCUCCGACUGUCAGUCCGGCCUCUCGCUCGCGUUCAGCUCUCGCUCCUCGACGCCGGCCCCUCUCUUGAGCCCUAGCGACGCCGUUUCGAACCAUCGCGGCUCGGCGAGCUCGCUCCCGCUGCAGCUGCUCGAGCCGAAGCAUGACCGCUCGAGGGAGAGCGACGAGGAGGGAUUGAGCGAGGAGGAGGAGGACGAGGUGGAGGAGGAGGAGGAGGAGGAGGAGGAUGAGGAGGAGUUUAGGAUUUUGGGGCACUCGAUGUGCUUGAAGAGGCAGAGGGACGGGCAGCUGUUGCCGAAUUCGAACGCUGCCAAGCGGGUUGCGGUCGAGCAGGGGGUCGAGGGCCGGCGCGCCGCCGUGAAAGCGUGGGGGACCCAGCCUCUGUCUGCGGCGGACCCGGAGAUUCACGAGAUCAUGGAGAAGGAAAAGCAGAGGCAGUUUAAAGGUAUCGAAUUGAUUGCUUCCGAGAAUUUCGUGUGUAGGGCGGUAAUGGAAGCGCUAGGCAGCCAUUUGACUAAUAAGUAUUCGGAGGGGAUGCCCGGUUCUAGAAAUUACACGGGCAAUGCGUAUAUUGAUCAAAUUGAGUUCCUCUGCUUUAAGCGUGCAUUGGAGGCGUUCCAUUUAGAUUCGGAUAAAUGGGGCGUGAAUGUGCAGUGUUAUUCGUGUACCUCCGCCAACUUCGCUGUGUACACUGGUCUUUUGCUUCCGGGGGAUCGGAUAAUGGGUUUGGACUCGCCUUCUGGUGGCCACCUGAGUCACGGUUAUUAUGCGCCGAGUGGGAAGAAGGUCUCUGCUGCUUCCAUAUUCUUCGAGAGCCUUCCUUACAAAGUCAAUCCACAAACGGGGUUGGUCGAUUAUGAUAAGCUGGAAGAGAAGGCUCUCGAUUACAGACCAAAGAUACUGAUCUGUGGUGGGAGUUCGUACCCUCGAGAGUGGGAUUAUGCAAGGUUUAGGCACAUAGCAGAUAAGUGUGGGUCCAUUUUGAUGUGUGAUAUGGCGCACAUCAGUGGUCUCGUGGCAGCAAAGGAAUGUGCAAGUCCAUUUGAUUAUUGUGAUAUUGUCACCUCAACAACUCACAAAAGUCUCAGAGGUCCUAGAGGAGGUAUAAUCUUUUACAGAAAAGGUGUGAAAUCAAGGAAACAAGGCUCGCUGUCUAGUCAUGGUCAUGAUACCACCAAUUAUGAUUUUGAGGAAAGGAUAAACUUCUCUGUCUAUCCAACAACGCAAGGAGGCCCUCAUAAUAAUCACAUCGCCGCUCUUGCCAUAGCCUUAAAACAAGUGGCUACCCUCGAGUACAAAGCAUAUAUUCAGCAGGUGAAGAAAAAUGCUCAAGCUUUAGCAUCUGCAUUGUUGAGGAGAAAAUGCCGGUUGGUGACUGGAGGCACGGACAAUCAUUUGUUGGUCUGGGACCUGACUCCUCUUGGUUUAUCAGGAAAGAAUUAUGAGAAGGUCUGUGAGAUGUGCCACAUUAGUGUCAACAAAGCUGCUAUAUUUGGUGAAAAUGGUGCAAUUUCUCUGGGAGGAGCAAGAAUUGGUACUCCUGCCAUGACAUCGAGAGGAUGUAUCGAGUCUGAUUUCGAGACGAUAGCUGAUUUUCUCCUUAGGGCGGCUCAGAUAGCCAUUGGUGUGCGGAGGGAACAUGGAAAAUCGCAGAGGGAUUUCCUCAAGGGUUUUCAGAACAACAAAGACAUUGUUGAGCUGCGGAAUCGAGUUGAGGCAUUUGCUUCCCAAUUUGCUAUGCCGGGAAUUAACAGUUGACUCUAGAAAAGCAGCUGGAGGCAUUUGUUGUGGAACUUUUCCGUUCGCCUCCACUUGUGUGCCGUCUAAUGCUCUUCCCAAUUUUUGGCGUUUUGUUAGUCUGCUGUGCAUAUUACAGAUAAUUAGUCUCUAUACCAUGUGGAAAUAUCAAACACCGCAGUCUGAGCCUGUUCAUUUCUUCACACAAAUGAUUACUGUUAGGAAGCAUCUCUGUUCAUUUUGUUUUCUCAACAUCUAUGUUCUCCACAUAUUUCUGGAAUUGCUGGGUUAAUGGUCGAAGUUCUGUUCGUUGUCUUGUCAGCCUAAUUCCUGAAACAUUUGUAUGACUUACAGAGUGAGCUAUAGCUAUGGCUUUAGCUUGCUUCAAGUUCAAUGAGGUUGAGAAAGAACGCAAAUUUUGGGGAGA